AUGCUAUCUAUCAAAUCCCUUCUGAAUCCUCAGCCUGAAAGGCGAAUUCCGUACCCUUCCUUCUCUGCCUCCCGUGAGAAGCGGAAGAUGGCCAAGGACGCCCCAGUUUUCCGUCGUGGCAAGAUCCAGGGCGAGUGCCGCUAUCCUCCUUGCGAGGAAAGAGACAUGGAGCUGGAGAAGGCUCACAGAGAGCUGUCGUUACGUCCCAUGGGUAACAUCGCCGACUACCCUCGUCAUAUCCCUUAUGCCAGCGACAAGAAAACCUUCCAAGAAAAGACCGGCCGAGACAGUUUCCAUGUCUUUCAAUACACAUUCCAGAUACCCGGCGAAGAAAAGGAAUGGCAUGUUAUGUGGGACUACAAUAUCGGCAUCACCACGCCAGCCAAGAUGCUAAACCAGAAUCCCGGCCUCCGAGAUAUCUGCCACAGUAUCACCGGCGGAGCACUUUCCGCUCAAGGAUACUGGAUGCCCUACGAAGCCGCCAAAGCUAUGGCAGCGACCUUCUGCUGGAGAAUCCGAUACGCCCUAACUCCACUCUUUGGCACCGAAUUCCCAGCCAUGUGUAUCCCCCCAACGGACCGCAAAACCCAUGGCCGCAUGGUCAUACCCCCAGAAAUCGUGCAGCGUGCCACCAGCACCUCCAACUACUAUCGCUCUUUGGAGAUGAAGUCUAGCACCGGAGGUAGCCCCCCGGCAACCAACACACCCUCCUCAACACAUACCCUUCUCCAUGGCAUGGGACUACUGAGCCAACAAGACCCAUCCCUGACACUGCCCCCGCUCAAGAUCCCGCGCGCCCACUAUUCUGAGAGUAACCCCAGUGCCCGGGACUCCUCUACAGAGCCUUACUGCGUGUCGCCCAAGAGCCAGUCGCCUAUGUCUACCUUCACCCCCAUCAACCCCCCGCGCAGCACCAAUGUGAUUCCUCGCUCGCAGGUCGAGUCGCCCCGCACUAUUCUCCGUGCUAUCUCAGAUGCUAUGCGCCCGGAGAAUGUCCCUGGGGGUACCAGCGAGGAUAGUGACACUGAGAGUGAUGGCUCGUCCAACAUGUAUUCCACUCCAAACUGUCCUUCUGUGGAUGGACAUAUGGAAACCGACAAGCUUGGUGGUCUUGAUGAUCCCACCAACGCCACUUCGGACGUUGCUGCCUUACAAAGUGACUACGAUGACCUAACUGACUCGGAUGAUGAUUGGCAAAUGGACGAUGCUAACGAUGAAGACUACCGUGGACCCCCCUCAAGAGGACCGUUGACUAAGAAGUACCCCAGUCGGAAGUCCCGAGCUGCACGUCCUGAGCUGUCGUCUCACUUCACCCGUGAGGUAAAGGCUGCCGAAGCUCUUCUUCGUCUCCACAUGAAUGAGCUUGAAAGCACCGGAACUGACACCGAGAUGGACGAUGACGAGUUGACCUCACCUGUUGGCCCUCGCUCUCUUGAUGGUGACGAAUCUCGUAGUCGUAAGCGACGUCGAGCUUCGCUUUGA